CUAUUUGGUAUCUCUUUCUGAUGAAAUUCGGUGGGACGUAUGGUCUGCUGACAGCUUCAUUUGUCGACUAACAGAGCAUCUCCUCUGGAGUUUUUCAGUUCGUGACACCAGGCAUUUAUUGUAGCUCCUCACCAGGUAGAGACUUGAAUGUUAGGAAGAGGAGGUGCUUUUCCUUCAGGUCUGAGCAGCUUUAAAAAUGCUCUGCUUUGGCAGAACAGACGUUCACAGCUGUGUCGUCUACUUACAUUAGAAAUCGCUUUGGACCCGGAAUCAAAAUUUGGAGAAUAUGAACUCCACCAUAGAGCCAACACCGGACACCAUCGACAAAGACUGUCAGGAGAACGUUGACCAAAAUCGAGUGCUGUAUAUUUUCUACUCUUCUGUGGUAGUGGUGGAGUUUAUCUUGGGUUUCCUGCUGAACACUACAGUUAUCCAUCUCUUCAUCUUCAAGCUCAAGUUCUGGAAAUCUAAGACCAUUGACAUUUUCCUGUUCAAUCUGGUCCUGGCUGAUAUUUUGUUGCUGAUUGGAUUGCCCGUAAAGGCAUAUAACUUUCAGCAAUGCAGUGAACAGAAAGUAGUGUGCAAAGUACAGCUCUUUCUGCAGUUUAUAAACCGAGGAGCCAGCAUUGCCUUCCUGACAAUCAUCUCCAUUUAUCGAUAUUUCAGCGUGGUCCAUCCUGGGAGGAGGAAAGUUCGGAGUAUUUUGAAACGAUCACCCCAGAUUUCUGUAUUCAUCUGGGUGCUGCUGGGAAUUUUGACCAUUCCGGCCAUGUUUCAAAGUUUUAUCAGAUGCAACAGCAGUGAAAAAGAUGAGAAACUCACCGCCAUUGUUAUAUUGAGGGAAAUUGUGUUUUUUACUCAGAUUUUCAUCCCCUUUUUUGUUCUUGUGUACUGCUCCAUACGGAUUAUCAAAAGACUCCAACAGAAGUCAGUGGGCGACAAGACUAAACUCUGGAGAGCAAUGUUCCUCGUCACUUCAGUGGUUUUCGUCUUUGCUGUCUGCUUCUUGCCAUAUGCCUUUACAAGAGCAGUGCAACUAAAGAUCAGUGGGCUUGUGAUGAAAGAGGAAAAAGUUACUGUUGUUAAACUUUUUGAUGGGCUUCUUUGUCUCUCUUAUCUGAACUGUCUGCUGGAUCCGAUCCUGUACUGCCUGAGCAGCAGUAAAUUUAAGAAGCUGUAUAUAUCAAUGUAUCUUCCCUUCCUGCUGGAGAAGGAGAAACCAGAAAGUUCAGAAGAUACUGCAGAUGACUGAUCCAAGUAAAAAAGAAUAUGCUUUGAAAAGGAUGUUGGGAGAAUUUCAGUCAGUUUCUUGCAAUUGCAUUUUUCUAAAACAUUUUGAACAGUAAAUGGGUAGUCGUCACAUUGAGUAUCAUGUCUAAGAUUUAUUUAUUUUUAAAAUGUGUUUAAAAAAAAGAAAAGUCUGGAUUUUAUGUUACAAUUUUUUAGGAAUGUAUAAAUUGCAAAAAAUGUAUGUUUUUAGGCACUGUGACCAUUAUAAAUCACAUUUGUUUUCUGCA